GUCACCGAUUUUGGUCUCUCUGCUCUCAUUCCAGGGAGAGUAAGCCAGGCCUUAUUGCCUACCGCUCCUGGAGGCACCUUGCGCUGGAUGGCACCCGAACAUCUGUCGGCUGAUGCCAGCGACGUGCCCUCCAUGCUCUCCCAGGCAAGCGAUGUGUACUCUUUCGGAGGGAUCAUGAUUCAGGUGCGUUCAUGA